AUGGCCGGGUUUGGCCGCAACACCACCGGCGGCGGCUUCGGCGGCGGCAGUGGCAGCGGGAGCGGAUCCGGUACCGGUAGCGACAGUCACUCCUCAUCGUUGCUUCCACCACCAGACCCUCGAUAUAUGCUUCCACAAUACGACGAAGCCGACGACCCCGAUGUCGAUGCCGCACCCACUGGUCAGGGCGUCCGCCUGUUGAUGAAUCUAGACAACAGCUCGUACAUAUCUGUAUCAGAGAUCACCAGCCAGAGUUCACAUAGAGAUAAUGUCAGACCUUCCCAAACAAAACAAAGUCAAGAUCAUGAGCAAGAUGCCGUGGUCAACAUCCCAUCUUCCCCUCCCACUUCCAUGUCCUGGUCAGUACCCAAAGAGGGACCAGAGAAUCAAGAAGACGAAAAAAAGAGACCAGACCUGGAGACAUCCGAGCAUAAAGACCCCGAAAACGACUCCGACAUGGGAAAGGUCGUCAAGUUUGCACCCGCGCCAGAGAUUCUGGGAAGCGAUGACCCUCAACACGUACCUCACUACCCUCCACCAUACAGUCCCUUUCGACCCGAGGAACAAGAGCAAUUCGUUUUGCGACAGCAGCAGCGGCAACAACAACAAGCAGGGACACAACAAGGAGAAUCUCAGCUACGGGGAGGAGGAAAGUUGCAGAAGAGAAUGUGGCUAGGUCAAGUGAAGCCUCUUAGACUAUCUGCGCCUCCACCUGCUCUGGCCUUGCCGACAAUUCCGGAGGGGACAUCCCCGCGACGAGCGUCGCUCCGUGAGGCGCGCAAAAAGCAAGAAAACAAGCCCCGGGUGCUCAGUAACAUUACCGAGGAAGCGGACUCGCAAAGAUCACUUACACCACCACCCUCUGUUCACUUUGGAUCACCGAAAAGACGAAACUCGGAGACAGCAGAACGCUCACAUCUUAACAGCAGCCGGUUACGACGAGCUUAUGAGCCCUCAAUCGACGCCCGCACCUAUGAACCAUCACUAGAUACCCGAACAUACGAACCCUCGAUUAGCGAUCGACGACACAUGUACGAACCCUCCAUCGACGAACGAUCAUCGAUCAUGGACCCUCCACGCAUUCCACCACCCGACGGCGGAUCCUACGUUUCUUCCUACAUGGGCACCGAGAGCAUGGUUUCGGGACACGGCAGACCAUGGAGUCCCGUAUCGACAGCCGAUUAUCGAGUUCCGCCACAAGGACGGUACGAGCCUUCGGAGAUUGAUGGUCAUCCCCGGCCAGGGACACCUUCGAGUUAUGCAGGGAAUGCCCGACGACCACUUCCGGCGGCACCAGCAGCGCCUUUACAGUAUAACAGCCCCAGUCGCGCAACGAACCAUCAUCCACGGCACGGAUUCCAUGGAGGAGGAGGAUAUGCGGACGAUGUGACAGUUAGCAUGGGACCGGACGACGACCGCACAGAUAUAUUUGGACCGGAAACCGAUCUCAGUGAAUCGCGGCACCUCAACGACGCGUACGGGUUCCGAUCAUCACAGAUAACACUCAGCGAGGACCCCCAUGGCACCCACGCCCGUUCCCGAUACGACGACGAAGACGAUGUCAGCACUACUUAUUCUUCGAAUACCGGCACCAGCGCAUCAGGGGUUGACAAGUUCGAGCCCUACGGCCCCAUCCCGGAAGAAGGCAAGCACGAGCGCCGCGGCGUUCGGCCCCCGCAGGUGUCGAGGAAGGAAGUCCAGCUCAUCAAUGGCGAGCUCGUCCUGGAGUGCAAGAUCCCGACUAUAUUGUAUUCGUUUCUGCCCCGGAGGGACGAGGUCGAGUUUACGCACAUGCGAUACACGGCUGUUACUUGCGACCCUGACGAUUUUGUCUCGCGGGGGUACAAGUUGCGCCAGAAUAUCGGUCGGACAGCCAGGGAGACGGAGCUGUUCAUCUGUGUGACGAUGUACAACGAGGACGAGUACGGUCGCGAACGUGGGGCGCGGACGGGUGGCAGAAGAUUGUGGUUUGCGUGGUUUCGGACGGCCGAGAGAAAAUUCACCCCCCGGACAUUGGACGCUCUCGCGGCCAUGGGCGUCUACCAACACGGAAUCGCCAAGAACUUUGUCAACCAGAAGGCGGUGCAGGCGCACGUGUACGAGUACACCACGCAGGUGUCUCUGGAUUCGGACCUCAAGUUCAAGGGAGCCGAGAAAGGGAUAGUGCCCUGCCAGAUGAUUUUCUGCUUGAAGGAGAAGAACCAGAAGAAACUCAACUCGCACCGAUGGUUCUUCAACGCGUUCGGCAAGGCCUUGAACCCCAACGUGUGUAUCCUGUUGGAUGUCGGCACACGCCCGGGAGGCACAAGUCUUUACCACCUCUGGAAAGCCUUCGACACGGAUUCCAACGUCGCGGGAGCCUGCGGGGAGAUCAAGGCGAUGAAGGGACGGUUCGGCGGGAAUUUGCUCAACCCUCUGGUGGCUAGUCAGAACUUUGAGUACAAGAUGAGCAAUAUCCUGGAUAAACCGCUCGAGUCGGUGUUUGGGUACAUUACCGUGUUGCCCGGAGCGUUGUCGGCGUAUCGGUAUCAUGCGCUGCAGAAUGAUGAGACGACGGGGCAUGGACCGCUGAGUCAGUAUUUCAAGGGCGAGACGUUACAUGGGCAGCAUGCGGAUGUGUUUACGGCGAAUAUGUACUUGGCGGAAGACAGGAUUUUGUGUUGGGAGUUGGUGGCGAAACGCGGGGAGAGGUGGGUGUUGAAGUAUGUCAAGGGGUGUACGGGUGAGACGGACGUGCCUGACACCGUCCCGGAGUUCGUCUCCCAACGUCGUCGCUGGCUCAACGGCGCCUUCUUCGCGGCCGUCUACUCGCUCGUGCACUUUCGACAAAUCUGGAAAACCGACCACACCUUCCUGCGCAAAGCCUUGCUUCACGUCGAAUUCCUCUACCAACUCCUACAACUCCUCUUCACCUAUUUCUCUCUCGCCAACUUCUACCUCGCCUUUUACUUCAUCGCCGGCGGUCUGACCGACCCGCACGUCGACCCCUUCAACUCCGACGGGCACGUAGCCCGCAUCAUCUUCAACAUCCUCCGCUACGUCUGCGUCCUCCUAAUCUGCACGCAAUUCAUCAUGUCCCUCGGAAACCGUCCGCAGGGCGCCAAGAGGAUGUACCUAGCCUCAAUGAUAAUCUACGCCGUGAUAAUGGUCUACACCACAUUCGCAACAAUCUUCAUCGUCGUUCGCCAAAUCAAACCCAAAGACUCCGACAAAGACGACCCGGACCUUUACUUGGGAAACAACGUCUUCACCAACUUGAUCGUCUCCGUGGCUAGUACCCUCGGUCUCUACUUCCUCAUGUCCUUUCUCUACCUCGACCCGUGGCACAUGUUCACCUCCGCCAUCCAAUACUUUGUUCUUUUGCCCUCCUACAUCUGCACCCUCCAGAUCUACGCCUUCUGCAACACCCACGACGUAACGUGGGGAACAAAGGGAGACAACGUCAUGCGCACCGACCUAGGCGGCGCAAUAGGCAAGGGUUCCACCGUCGAGCUGGAAAUGCCCUCUGAACAACUCGAUAUCGAUAGCGGCUACGACGAGUGCCUCCGCAAUCUCCGCGAUAGGGUCGUCGUCCCCGAAACUCCCGUGUCGGAAGAACAGCUACAGCAAGAUUAUUACAAAUCUGUAAGGACGUACAUGGUCGUCACAUGGAUGGUGGCAAACGCUACGCUGGCCAUGGCUGUCAGCGAGGCGUAUGCUGACAGUGAUAUUGGUGAUAAUUUCUAUUUGAGAUUUAUUUUGUGGGCUGUGGCUGGCUUGGCGCUUUUUAGAGCCCUUGGGAGCACGACGUUUGCGGUUAUUAAUCUUGUGAGUGCACUGGUGGAGGGACGGGUCAGACUGAGCCUGAAUAUGAAGGGGUUUAGGUGGAUUAAGGAGAAGUGGGGGGAUGCGGACGUUAGAGGGCGGUUUGAGGGGAUUGGGGAGAGGGUUGGGGGGUUGGGGAGAAGAUAA